GCCAGGGCCGAGGCGAGCGGCGGCCGCGCCGGCCUGUGGCCCCGCAGCGGCCCGGCGCGGGCCCGAUGAGCGGCGGCCUCGGCCUCCGGCGCAGCCCGGAAAUGUCCGGCAAGAUCGAGAAAGCAGACUCUCAGCGUUCUCAUCUCUCCUCCUUCACCAUGAAGCUGAUGGACAAAUUCCACUCACCCAAAAUCAAGAGAACGCCAUCAAAGAAGGGAAAACCAGCUGAGGUGUCUGUGAAGAUUCCAGAGAAGCCUGUGAACAAAGAGGCAACAGACAGAUUUCUACCAGAGGGCUACCCUAUCCCCUUGGAUCUGGAGCAGCAGGCAGUAGAAUUUAUGUCCACCAGUGCUGUGGCUUCCAGGUCUCAAAGGCAGAAGAACCUGAGCUGGCUGGAAGAGAAAGAGAAGGAGGUUGUCAGUGCCUUGCGCUACUUUAAGACCAUUGUGGACAAAAUGGCUAUUGAUAAGAAGGUACUGGAGAUGCUUCCAGGGUCUGCCAGCAAGGUGCUGGAGGCCAUCUUACCCCUGGUGCAGAGCGACCCUCGAAUUCAGCACAGCUCAGCCCUCUCCUCCUGCUAUAGCCGAGUGUACCAAAGUCUCGCCAACCUCAUUCGUUGGUCUGACCAAGUGAUGCUAGAAGGUGUGAACUCAGAAGAUAAAGAGAUGGUGACAACCGUGAAGGGGGUCAUCAAAGCCGUGCUGGACGGAGUGAAGGAGCUUGUCAGACUUACCAUCGAGAAGCAGGGGCAUCCGUCUCCAACAAGCCCAGUGAAACCCAGUUCCCCAGCCUGCAAACCAGACGGCCAGUCUGAGCUCCCCUUGACAGAUCGAGAGAUGGAGAUUCUAAACAAGACGACCGGCCUGUCGCAGUCGUCCGAGGGGCUCCCAGAUUCCACGGAUGAAGAGGUCGCGCCCCCCAAACCCCCCUUACCUGGCAUUCGUGUGGUUGAUAAUAGUCCUCCACCAGCAUUGCCACCGAAGAAGAGACAGUCGGCUCCAUCCCCUACCCGAGUGGCCGUCGUGGCCCCCAUGAGUCGAGCCACCAGUGGCUCCAGUUUGCCUGUUGGAAUUAAUAGGCAGGAUUUUGACGUGGACUGUUACGCACAGAGACGACUGUCGGGCGGCAGCCACUCAUAUGGCGGCGAGUCGCCCCGCCUGUCCCCCUGCAGCAGCAUAGGCAAGCUCAGCAAGUCGGACGAGCAGCUGUCGUCUCUGGACAGGGACAGCGGGCGGUGCUCCCGGAACACAAGCUGUGAGACUCUAGAUCAUUACGACCCUGACUACGAAUUCCUCCAGCAAGACCUCUCUAACGCAGACCAGAUACCUCAGCAAGUGGCCUGUAACCUCAGCCCGUUGCCAGAGUCCUUGGGGGAGUCUGGGUCUCCGUUUCUCGGCCAUCCUUUCCAGUUGCCUCAGGGCAGCUGUCCCCAGCCAGAGGGGCCCUCGGCCCCAGGGCAGCAGAUGGAUGUGCCGCCUGCUCUUCCCGAGAAGAAGCGCAGGAGUGCGGCCUCCCAGACGGGGGACAGCUCUGGCUGCAGGGCGUCCUACGAGCGGCAUCCCUCGCAGUACGACAACAUCUCCGAGGAGGACCUGCAGAACCCAGCCUCGGUCCAGUCCGUCCCCUUCACGCCCUUUGCUGCUAUUCUUCCCUUUCAGCAAGGAGGUUCCUCAGCCUCUGUUGAAUUUGUGGGUGAUUUCACUGUUCCUGAAUCAACGGGUGACCCAGAAAAACCUCCUCCUCUACCAGAGAAGAAAAACAAACACAUGCUGGCCUACAUGCAGCUGCUCGAGGACUACUCGGAGCCGCAGCCCGCCAUGUUCUACCGGACGCCGCAGAAGGAGCACAUCUACCAGCAGAAGAACAAGCUCCUCAUGGAGGUGUAUGGCUUCAGCGACUCUUUCAGCGCCGGGGAUGCCCCGCAGGAGCUCGCCCCGCCCCCCGCCCUGCCCCCCAAGCAGCGGCAGCUGCAGGCCUCCUAUGCUGCUUCUUCCUUCUCCUCUGUCUCCUACUGUGUCCAGCAAACUAAAGUGGCCUUCACUCCCGAGGACGGCAGUGCCACUCAGGGCAUCAGUGUGUCCGUCUCUAACUCCUUUCUCAGCCGGCACGGCAACUUACCUGUGCCCUCGUAUAAAUCUGUGUUUAGGUCCUACUCCCAGGAUUUCGUGCCUCACAGCCAAGCUUCCGUCCAGCCUUUCCUCCCGUCUACCUCCUCUUCCUCUCCACAUUUCCCACCUGUCCACCAGUCUCAGAGCUCUGACUUAGCGGUGCCAACCGUAGCCAGUCCGCCUCCCAGCACCCUGGACGGGCCUCUUUCAUCUUCUCAGGAGAGCAGCUUUCAUGGGAACACUGUCUGCCUUCCUUCCGAAACCUCUUUCACUGACUCGCCCCAGACGCCUUCGGAAUCACCAGCUUCGAAGGACGGACAUCCCAGAGAUGCCUCGUCAGCCGGCAGUGCACCUGGGAAGGAAAGCAGGGACGGCGGGGACAGGGCCCCAAAGUCACCAGAUGCUCCAGAGGCUCAGUCGGAGGAGGAAGUGGACGAGCUGUCCCUCAUUGACCACAAUGAGAUUAUGGCAAGGCUGACGCUCAAGCAAGAGGGCGACGACGGACCAGACGUCCGGGGAGGAUCUGGUGACAUCCUACUGGUCCACGCUACUGAGACGGACAGGAAAGAUCUGGUGUUGUACUGCGAGGCCUUCUUGACCACCUACAGGACCUUCAUCACCCCUGAGGAGCUCAUCAAGAAGCUGCAGUACAGGUACGAGAAGUUCUCUCCUUUUGCCGACACAUUCAAGAAGCGCGUCAGCAAGAACACGUUCUUCGUGCUGGUACGGGUGGUGGACGAGCUCUGCCUAGUGGAGUUGACGGAAGAGAUCUUGAAGCUGCUGAUGGAGCUGGUCUUUCGCCUGGUGUGCAACGGGGAGCUCAGUCUGGCCCGUGUGCUCCGGAAGAACAUCCUGGACAAGGUGGACCAGAAGAAGCUGCUCAGGUGUGCCAACUCCGACCAGCCCCUGGCGGCCAGGGGCGUAGCAGCCAGGCCCGGGACCUUGCAUGACUUUCACAGCCAUGAGAUAGCUGAGCAGCUGACACUGCUGGAUGCCGAGCUCUUUUAUAAGAUAGAGAUUCCUGAGGUUUUGCUUUGGGCAAAAGAGCAGAACGAGGAGAAGAGCCCCAACUUGACCCAGUUCACGGAGCACUUCAACAACAUGUCCUACUGGGUUCGGUCAAUCAUCAUGUUACAGGAAAAGGCCCAAGACAGGGAACGGCUGCUCUUGAAGUUCAUCAAGAUCAUGAAGCACUUACGGAAGCUGAACAACUUCAACUCCUACCUGGCCAUCCUCUCAGCGCUGGACUCAGCCCCUAUCCGCAGGCUGGAGUGGCAGAAGCAGACCUCAGAGGGCCUGGCGGAGUACUGCACGCUGAUUGACAGCUCAUCCUCCUUCCGCGCCUACCGGGCCGCCCUCUCGGAGGUGGAGCCGCCGUGCAUCCCAUACCUGGGGCUCAUCCUGCAGGACCUCACCUUCGUUCACCUGGGAAACCCGGACUACAUUGACGGGAAGGUGAAUUUUUCCAAACGGUGGCAACAGUUCAACAUCCUGGACAGCAUGCGGUGCUUCCAGCAGGCGCAUUAUGACAUCCGGAGAAACGAUGACAUCAUAAACUUCUUCAACGACUUCAGUGACCACCUGGCGGAGGAGGCGCUAUGGGAACUCUCUCUGAAAAUCAAACCCAGGAACAUAACACGGAGGAAAACAGACCGGGAAGAGAAGACCUAGGAGCGGGUGCCGCAAGCGAGGAGAACGCGAGGCUCAGAGCGCCGCUCCGAGGCCGGAAGGGACUUUGGACCUGUUACGUGGCGGCGGCGCGUGUCCUGGCCUCAGAGCCACCGGGCCCAUCCAGGCCGCUGCUGUGCCGGGCAGGCGUCCGGAGCCGCAGCAGCUUCCUGCCCCUCCCCCGCAGGAGCAGACCCCCGGCCCGGGGGGGGGGCCAGCGGGCGGUCUCACUGCUGAUUUGUGAACUGGGGGUUGGGGUUUCUGCUUUUGCUCUGUCUUCUGCUCUCCCUCUCUCCCCCUCCCCCCAAGCCUGGGAGCAGCACAGGGACUUCAGCAGCAACCCGGGAAUGGUGGGAGUCUUCUGCAUCUCCUGAAAUGACAGAUGAGUAGAGGCCCAGGGACCCUCGGGGCGGGGGCUGCUCUCCCCGUAGCCUUCAGCUGGGUGGGCGGAAAGCAGAGGAGACCCGGGAAAGACUCCUUUCACUUCCCAUGUCCUACUUUUUAAGUGGAGGAUGGUGUGAACGUCUCACCUGGCCCAGAAGGGACGGCAGGUGGCCUUUCAGCAGCCCUGGGGCUGGUGCUCCCGUCGCGGUCCUGGCCCGCCCUUGCUGGGUCACGAGCAGCAGCCGUGGCCAUCGUGUUUUCGCCCCUUCACUUCCUCCGCCCCGUCCCACCGGCCCUCCCCAUCCUCUUGGCACCGUGGGAGCUGGGCAGCAGCAGCUGGAAAGGAAGGACUUGACCAUCCAAGAAACACACUUUAUCUGAGUUGGGGCCAGUAGCUCUUGGUGAGUUAACCCAGAGAGAGGGGAGGGGCAUUUCUGUUGGGGGGAGGGCCGGCAGCCCCCUCCUCUGUCGCUUGCCGUGUGCCUUAAACUCCUCCUAUCCGUCCCGCCCUGCGGGCUCCCCUCCUCCCUGGCGCUGAGCCUGGUGGGCCCAAAGGGGCCCCUCUUUGCUCAUCAGACCUUCUGCCAGCCUGACCGGCUCUCCCGUGGGAAGGACAGGGUGUCCCUGAGAGGCAGGGGCCUGGCGCAGAGGCGCCCCCUGGGGUUGACGGCCAUGGCUCACCUGCUGGCCGGCAGUGAGGCGCAGCGGCUUCAGAAGCAGGUGCUCUUUCCAGCCUCGCUCUCCAGAGCCAGCCCCGCUGCUGAGGUGGACGAGCUGAGGGGAGGUCUGCAGGGGCUCUCCACACCCCCUGGCCUCCGUGCCAGCCCGACGUGGGCCUGCGGGCAGGCUGCCCCCAGGCCGCCCGCCUCCAGUUUUGUUCGUUUUACAUAGUUGAGAGCUCACUCCUCCUGGGUUUGGGACUCGGGCAGGCGAACACCAGGCUCAGCCCGGGCUUAAACAGAAGUAGAAAGCACCAUCUGUAACUGUUUAAAGGAACAGCCCCGUCACUUUGAGUCCUUCAUGGGCCUUUGAACAGCUUUUAUCAAGAAGCUGUCUGUCUGUCCUGUGCACAGAGGGGAGGAAUCUGUGAAAUGUCAGUUACGACCCCUCAGGCAGCGAUCCUGCGGCAGCGGGCGGAACGCGUCACUUUAUUAUUUAAAGAGUGUGUGUAUAGAGUCGCUGGUUAUGAACAAUAUUGUGUGUGGGGUUGGGUUUUAGUUUGUUCCCGCUUUUUUAAGUCCUCUCAUUUCAGUCUUUCCCUCCUUCCCGUCUUCCUCCUGGCCUGGCCCUGCUCUGCUGCUGCUUUGCGCAGCUGCUGUGUGCUCAGGGCCCAUGGGCUGUGUGGACUGCGGUUCCCUGGGGCCUCCCUCCAUAGGCGGGCAACUGUCGACGCCGCGCUUCCGCUUCAGGCUCAGCGUCCCAGCCGCGAGCUGGACGGGGCUCGGGGGCUUCACCGUCCCUCAAUUCAGAGCAGACCCUACACCCACACCUCCCCUCCUUGCCGGGAGCCCUGGCUCUGAGCCGAGGCACUGGGCAGGCAGCGCAGGUGGACAAGGGGCCGGCGUGGCCAGGUGACCCUGCAUGAGGGCAGCAGGUGCAAUGUGUGUUUUAACUUAUUGGCUGACUGACAGGCUUCCCUACCUUGACCUCAUGGAGACACACUCUGGCUCUGGGAGUUGCCAGCCUGGCUGUGGUUUGUCUGUCUCAGGGGCCAGAUCAGCUGUACGAAUCUGUCUUUACAACAAAGACACCCUCGGGAGGAUUUGUUCUCUGCAGAGGCAGUUCUCACCUGCAGGUGUGGGUGGAUCAGGGCAAGGGCAGGCACGCGCCAGGGCUGAAUUAAAGCCCGAUUCUGAGCAGCGCCUCCCUCCCACGGCCCCGCGCCUCCCCAGUGUUGUUACAUUGUAAUAAAUAUAUCCCCAACUAACCUGGCUGAUGGUGGCAUCUUCCUGCAGACAUUUCAAACCUGUAACUUUUAUAUGAAAGGAAAAUAAACACAGAUGAAAGCCGCGGCCACCUGUGUACCACAUGCCGCGUGUGUCAAAGUGACAACUGAGCUGUCUCCUUUCUGUGACCUCCUUGUGGGCUGGGUGCCUGGCAGGUGUUGGGGGGGGGUCUUUUGUCCCCAUCUCUGUGGUCCCUUCUCUGUUCCCCAGUUUUUCCAUCUGGAAGUGGGGGUAAGGACAGCUCUACCUCAUACAGUCUGUGAAGGCUCAGCAAGUUAUACCUGGAACAGUAUCUGGUGAGCUAUCGCCACUAUUAUUACUUAGCAUAUAUUGAGUACCAAGCACUUUGCAGGCAGCUCUACCUCACUGAAUCCUCUUAAUUGAAAAAUGAUACAAGUGAAAUACUGCAACCAUAAUAAGUACUACAAAGAAGAGGUACUUAACAUUAAAGAAAUUAAGUUGGAUUUGAAAUCCACUCACAAACAUCAGGUCCAGACAGACUUAACAGGUAAUUUAUGCUAAACAGGUAGCUUCAGUCUUAGACGAAUGCCCCUGAGAACAGAAGAAGGGAAACACUUCUCAACUUGUUUUAUGAGUGGAAUACAACCUUGACACCAAAUCCAGACAAGGACAAGAAGGAAAAUUAUAGGCAAAAUUACUGAUGCAAAGAUUAUAAUCUUAGCAACCCCAAACCAGUGAUAACGUAAAACUCAAGACUCCCCAUUGGGCACAUCCGCAGAUGCAAGGAUGGAGUGAUGACAGUACUUGAUCCCUUUUCUUAGACCCUUAUUUGGGCAUUCCCAUCUGGUACGCCUUUCCUUCCUGGGGAACUGAGAACAGGUGUGCCACCUCCAUGUGUACUUUCUCCACCAUGGCAUACUUAGAUUCCAGGUGUUGAGAUGGCAGAGCCCUAACUGGAGGGAGCCCAGUCAGGGACUACUCCCACUGUUCCAUACUGGGCUUUACACGAAUGAAAAACGAAUUUGCACUUACUAAUAAGCUGCUGAGAUUUCAGGGCUUGUAAGUGUUCACAACAUGGCCUAGCCGCUCCUGAAUAAAAUACAUUAACAGAUUAAAGGAAGAACACCAUCUAAUCACCUCAGCAGUCAGAAAGACCACUGUUAAAAAAUUAAAACCCCCAUUCAUAAUUUUUAUUUAAAAAAUAACUAACAGUCUUAGGUAAGUAGAAAUCAAAAACUUCCUUAAUCUAAUAAAUGUUACUUUCUAAAAUCUCACGCAAACGUUAUACUUAAUGAUGAAAUAUUUAAAGAAGUUCCUUUAAAAUAGAACAAGGUAAGGAUCCCACUGUCACCUUGUCUUUCACUGUCGUACUGGAGAUACUAGCCAAUGCAACAAGAAAAGAGAUUAGUAAGAAAAUCACGAUAGUUAACAACUAACUACUAGAAAACAUAAUUCUUCAAAUAUCCAGUUUAUACUAACAUCACAAUUCUUAAGGUACUAGGAAUAAACCCAAUAAGAGAUGUAUAAGACCUUAUAGGAAAAAGGGUGAUCCAGCAAGAGAAAAUAACACGUAAAUAUUUACACACCCAAAUGCGAGCAACCUAAAUAUACGAAGCAAAUAGUAACAGACCUAAAGGGAGAAUACACAGAAAUACAGUAAUAGUAGGGAACUUUAAUACCCCACUUACAUCAAUGGAUAGAUCAUCCAGACAGAAAAUCAAUAAGCAAACGUUGGCCUUAAACACAUUAGACCAGACGGACUUAAAGAUACAUACAGAGCAUUCCAUCCAAAAGCAACAGGGUACACUCUUCUAAGAGCACACGGAACAUGCUCCAGCACAAGUAACAUGUUAGACCACAGGUCGUUGUAAAUGUACGAAGGUUGAAAUUAUAUCAAGCAUCUUAGCCAGUCACAAUGGUAUGAAAGUAUAGAAAUUACAAGAAAAUGGGAAAAUCCAAAAAUACAUGGAGAUUAAACAGUAUACUACCGAGCAACUAAUAGGUCAAAGAAGAAAAUAAAAAAUACAUUAAGAAAAAUGAAAAUGGAAAUACAACAUAUCAAAACUUACCGGAUGCAGCAAGAGCAGUUCUAAAAGGGAAAUUAAUAAUAAACACCUGAAUCAAGAAACAAAAAGCUCAAAUAAACACUCUAAAUUUCAAGGAACUAGAACAAAUGAAACCCAAAGUUAGUAGAAGGAAGGAAAUAAAGGAUUAGAGUGGAAAUAAACAAAAUACAGACUAAAAAGACAACAGAAAAGAUCAGUGAAAGAGCUGGUUCUUUGAAAAGAUAAACAAAAUGGACAAACCUUUAGCUAAACUCACCAAGAAAAAAAGAGUACUCAAAAUCCGAAAUGAAAGAGGAGCUAUUAAAACUGAUACCACAGAAAUACAAAGGCUCCUAAGAAACUUCUGGGAACAAUUAUAUGGCAACAAAUUUGACAACCUAGAAGACACAGAUAAAAACCUAGAAGACACAGAUACAUACCUAGAUGCAUACAACCUACCAACACUGAAUCAUGAAAUAAAUCUGGACAGAUUACUAGUAAGGAGAUUGAAUCAGUAAUCAAAAACCUCUCAACGAACAAGUCUGGGACCAGAGGACCUCACUGGUGAAUUCUACCAAACAUUCAAAGAAGAAGUAAUAUCAGUUCUUCUCAAACUCUUCCAAAAACUAGAAGAGGAGGGAACACUUCCAAACACUUUUUUUAAAAAAAAAAAAAAGGCCA